UCCCCCCCACGGACACGGACACACCGGGCUCCCCGGAACAGUCUGUCCAAAUGAAUCCCAUGACGCAGCUGUACUACAAGAAGGCGACGUAUUCGCCGUACAGAGACCGCAUCCCGCUGCAGAUCGUACGCGCUGAAGUGGAGCUGUCUGCAGAGGAGCGGGCCUACCUCACUGCUGUAGAGAAAGGUGACUAUGCAGGGGUCAAACACGCCCUCCGCGAGGCGGAGGUCUACUACAACAUGGACGUGAACUGUCUGGACCCUCUGGGCCGCAGCGCGCUCCUCAUCGCCAUCGAGAACGAGAACCUGGAGAUCAUGGAGCUCCUGUUGGACCACGGCAUCCACACGGGCGACGCCCUGCUGUACGCCAUCAGGAAGGAGGUGGUGGGCGCCGUGGAGCUGCUGCUGUCCCACCGCAGGCCGAGCGGAGAGAAACAGGUUCCCUCACUGAUGAUGGACAGCCAGUUCUCAGAGUUCACCCCUGAUAUAACUCCCAUCAUGCUCGCUGCUCACACCAACAACUAUGAGAUCAUCAAGCUGCUUGUCCAGAGAAAAGUCACCAUACCCAGACCGCACCAGAUACGAUGCGAUUGUGUUGAGUGCGUGUCCAGUUCAGAGGUUGACAGCCUUCGACAUUCACGGUCUCGGCUCAACAUCUACAAGGCUCUGGCCUCGCCGUCUCUCAUUGCGCUGUCCAGUGAAGAUCCCAUCCUAACGGCCUUCAGGCUGGGCUGGGAACUCAAAGAACUCAGCAAGGUGGAGAACGAGUUUCGUCAAGAGUACGAAGAGCUGUCUCAGCAGUGCAAACGUUUCGCCAAAGACCUCCUGGAUCAGGCCAGAAGCUCGAGAGAGCUCGAGACCAUCCUGAACCACAGAGACAAUGACCAGAGUGAGGAACUGGACCCCAGGCAGUGCCACGACUUGGCCAAGCUCAAACUAGCCAUCAAGUACCACCAGAAGGAGGUAGGGACCCAUCCUGGUUGCAGUUUUUUAAGAGGAGGCGGCUUUGGCAGAGGCUUUCCUGGAAUCAGAUAGAAACAUUGGCCAGUUAAAAAGAAAAGUUGCUUAUUCUCCUGCUUCACCUUUCCUCUUCCUCCUCCUCCUCCUCCUCAGAUCUACCUGUUGGCACCAAAGAGCGCUCUGGGACGGUUCAUCAAGAAGCCCUUCAUCAAGUUCAUCUGCCACACAGCGUCCUACCUGACCUUCCUCUUCCUCCUGCUGCUGGCCUCUCAGCACAUCGCCCGCACCAACCUGCACAUGCAGGGCCCCCCACCCACCAUUGUGGAGUGGAUGAUUCUCCCGUGGGUGCUGGGCUUCAUCUGGGCAGAGAUCAAGGAGAUGUGGGACGGAGGAUUCACAGAGUACAUCCACGACUGGUGGAACCUGAUGGACUUUGCCAUGAACUCCCUCUACCUGGCCACCAUCUCUCUGAAAAUAGUGGCGUACGUCAAGUAUAACUCGUCUCGUCCCAGGGAGGAGUGGGAGAUGUGGCACCCGACGCUCAUAGCCGAGGCUCUGUUCGCCAUCGCCAACAUCUUCAGCUCGCUCAGACUCAUCUCGCUCUUCACAGCCAACUCCCACCUCGGGCCUCUGCAGAUCUCUCUGGGGAGGAUGCUGCUGGACAUCCUCAAGUUCCUCUUCAUCUACUGUCUGGUCCUGUUGGCGUUUGCUAACGGCUUAAACCAGCUCUAUUUCUACUACGAGACCAAGGCGUCUGAAGAACCAAACAACUGCAAAGGAAUCCGCUGUGAAAAGCAGAACAACGCCUUCUCCACGCUGUUCGAGACUCUCCAGUCCCUCUUCUGGUCCAUCUUCGGGUUGCUGAACCUGUACGUGACCAACGUGAAGGCUCGGCACGAGUUCACAGAGUUCGUCGGGGCGACGAUGUUCGGGACGUACAACGUGAUCUCGCUGGUGGUCCUGCUCAACAUGCUGAUCGCCAUGAUGAACAACUCGUACCAGCUCAUCGCCGACCACGCCGACAUCGAGUGGAAGUUCGCCCGCACCAAGCUGUGGAUGAGCUACUUUGACGAGGGCGGCACGCUGCCGCCGCCGUUCAACAUCAUCCCCAGCCCCAAGUCCGUGUGGUACCUGCUCAUGUGGCUCCACACCAAGCUGUGCAGGAGAGGCCAGCCACCCAGGGAGAGCUCGCACAAGUGUGAAAACCUCCGGGAGUUCACGGAGCGUCACGCCGACAGUCUGAUCCAGAACCAGCAUUACCAGGAAGUGAUCCGAAACCUGGUGAAGAGGUAUGUGGCCGCCAUGAUACGCAGCGCGAAAACGGACGAAGGGCUGACGGAAGAAAACUUUAAGGAGCUGAAACAAGAUAUCUCCAGUUUCCGCUACGAGGUGCUGGAUCUCCUUGGCAACCGGCGUCCUCCGCGGCGACACUACUCUUCGUCCAGCGAGACUACGAAAGAUGACGCCGCCGUGGCGUCAGAGGAUGACAGCGAAUCGGGAGACGGCAGCGGAGGAGGAGGAGGAGGAGGAGGAGGAGGAGGAGGAGGAGGAGUCCAGAAGUCUAAAAGUGUCACCUUCUCUAACACAGUGGAAGACGACAGAAGGCCCGGCCCGACGCUUGGCGUGUCGGCGCUGGUGCGCUCCAUUUCAGGAAUGACACGGAUAGACAAGGGGCAGGAGGGGCAGGUGGAGGAGGUGAUUGGAUGGGGGGAAGAGGAGGAGGAAGAGGAGGGGAAACCAAAGAGCAAUGGGUUGAAGACGACCGUCAUCCCCCCUUCCUCCACUACGAUCCUCCCCUCGUCGUCUUCGUCGUUGUCCUCGACGUUCUCCUCGUCGCUCGUUCGCACAAAGAACCGCCUGCAGCGUCUCUCAGCCCCGAGCGCAAAGACAGACUCCUUCAAACGCCUCUCCUACCUGUUCUCGCGCUCCAAACGCAAAGCCCCGCCCAUGCCGCUCGCCCUCCAGUCCCCGCCUUCCUUCACCAUCUCCGACGGGUUGCUCCGGCCGCUGGGGGGCCACAGUCACUCCGACUUCGGACUCAGCGACGUCACAAGGAGCGACAGCCACCUGAACGAGGUGGGCCGCUCGGUGGACAACCCGUCGUUCUCGCCACGGAGGUCGAACGGACGGGACUCGCUCCUGGCGCUGCCCCUCCCUCCCCCGUGCCCCUGCCAAUCCCUGCACUGUGCUUCCAACAUGUCCGAGUCCAGCGCGCGCCUCCUGGACUCCAGCGAGGACGUUUUUCAGAGCGACGGCGUGGAAAGGGCGGGCGAGGGCAGCGUGGAGGGGGGAGGGGGGCUGAGGAUGAUGAUGGGCGGGUGGGUGGGACCCUGUGAGGAUGUCUUAGGGGACAACUGUGACGUCAUAGAGGACUCCGUCACCACGCAGCUAUAG